AUGACCGUCGACCGCUAUUUAGCCAUCGUAAGGCCACUCACCUACACAACCUUGAUGACAAGAAAGCGGGCUGAGUGUUUGAUAGCAUUCUCGUGGUUUGUGCCCUUCGUCACGUAUUUCGUUCCUGCGUUCUGCACGAGUCUCCAUGGAUGCAGCAUAAACUUCAACAUUACCGUUGUCAUCUGGACAUCCAUGUUUGAAUUCAUUCCCUGUGUCUUGUUACUGCUCCUCACUGUGAAAAUCAUAAGAACGGCAAGGAAACAUUGUCGACACUUUGCGAAGUUGGAUUCUCAACUGCGUUACAACGCACCAUAUCACAAAGGUCACAGAACAGUCUCGUCAGCGCGGGUUAUCGCAACAGUGGUGGCCAUUUUCAUUGCCUGUUAUGCGCUCGAGGUGUACAGCUCUUUAUGUUACUUUACCAAGGUGUGCGAAGCUACAGAUGAUCUCGUCAGAGUAGUGUAUUUCCUUGUUGUAACAAACUCUGCAGCGAACCCGAUCGCGUAUGCCUUGUUUAAACGUGACAUCAAAAAAGAGAUAAGGAAUACAUUUCGCCACAAGGGAAAGUCGAUUGAUGUGCCAAGGGUUUGA